GCCAGAUAUAAAAGGUAACUCGCGUCGGCCGCGCGCCUCCAGUAAGAUCUCCGGCUGGAUUAACCAAAUCGCAAUCCCAGCACCAUGCGGACUUUCACGUUUGUGGUUGUGCUGGUGGCCUUGGCCGCUUUGGCGAGCGCGCGGCCGCAGGACGACGGCGAUUACUACGAAGAUGAAGUGCCUGCAGUCCCCUCGUCGACUGCUCGCGCGAUGCCACAGCGCUCCAGGGGCCUGUCUUCCCUGAGAAAGCCGUCGGCUGGCAAAAAGGUCACCUCUGAGCCAACAAGCACCACUACCACCACCACAACGCCAGCACCCUCCUCCGUCGAGUAUGAAGAAGAGGCCGAAGAAGAAGCCGCUGCUGCCCCAGCAGCCGAGGAGCCCACUACGAAAAAGUACCUGAUCGCAGGUCGCAACGGCGUCGUCCGUCCCUUCCGCAGCAACGACGAGCUGAUCGCGGCCCUGAAGAGACGCCGCACGCAGAGUUCCGUGUCCACGCACGCUCCCAUCAAGAAGAAUGACGAUGAGUCAACAGAGGCGCCCUCAAAAUUUACCAAGGUUAACAAGAACAGCCGCAACCUGAACAACAAGCGAUUCAGUCCCGUGGUUGGACACGUGGCCUCGCAGCCCGUGUCCCAGAGCGUGGAGACCCCGGCCCCCGCACCCAAGGCCCGUCACUCCAGCCCCCCGUCCUUCUCCAGGAGGGGCACCACCAGCAGGUCCAGGGCCCAAGAGGAGCAGCUGGUGGCCGAGGACGCCGAAGAGAGCCAGCAGCAGCAGCAGGACUCGCCACCACCCACCAGGCCUUCCAGGAGUUUCUCGCCUCGCAGGCGGUCUUAAACACCACACCGUUGCCGAUCGCGGUUGAUUUUUAUAUUAGUAAUACAGCAGCGUACAUGCCGUUUUUCUUUCUCCACACCAAGUUCUCCCUUGUGUUGAUGAUUUCAUUUCUGUUUUUUUAUGUGUGAUUGCUGACGGAUUAUUGUUAAUUUCAUCCGUGCAUUUUUGCUGUUAAAUUUUGUGCUUUAGUGGACAUACAUUAACCAAGAAUAUUCCAUUUAAGCUGUACAUAUGGCUUUUAAAGUUAUUCAAUCAAAGGACAAUAAUUCAAACAAAAACAGACAGUUGAUAAAUAGCUUUUGGGCCGUUGAAAACUUCAGACCAACCCACUUUAAAGUGCUCUAAUUCUGGAUCUAAAUUUGAGUUGUAUUUCCACACAAUUGAUCAUGUUUGCCCACUCUCGCUUCGAGUGCUCUGAAGAGGACACACAAACUAAUGAACAUUUUACAAAAGGACAAAUCACAACUCAAAUUUGAUAUCGUUUCUGAAAAGGCUGGAAUCUGUUAGCAGCUCUGUAACACGGUCUUUUUUUAUCAUGAAUUCCUCAUCUCAGUACUCCGGCCGUUCUCUGUAUUUGAGAGCUGUUGCUUGGGCCGAGUUCUCACAAACAUUAUUCUCCUAUUACGAGAUCUGUUAUAGAGCUCUGUAAAUAGUGCAUGGCACAUGUUUGAUGUAUGAAUACUUGUCAGUUACUUCUUAUGUUGUAAACCUUGAUGGUGUAUUUUCGUCAGAGGAUGUACAUUAAACACAAAUCGUUGCGUCAGUGUGCACGAAA